CCGUACUACAUGUUCACCAUGCCUAUCCACAAGUCCCGUCAGGACGACCGCGACUAUAGAAUCAUACAACUAGACAAUGGACUUCAAGCUAUGCUCAUACACGACGCCAAGGCCGACAAGGCUGCUGCCAGCUUGGACAUCUCGGUGGGACAUCUAUACGAUCCCGAUGACAUGCCAGGUCUAGCUCACUUCUGCGAGCACCUCUUGUUCAUGGGAACGGAGCAAUUCCCGCGGGAGAAUGAAUACUCGGAGUUUCUUGCCAAAAACAAUGGUAGUUCAAACGCAUUCACAGGUACCUCCAACACAAACUAUUACUUCACUGUCGACACCAAUGCGCUCCCUGGCGCGCUCGCUCGCUUUGCUGCGUUCUUUCACUGCCCGCUCUUCUCGCCUUCGUGCACAUCACGCGAGCUAAAUGCCGUCGACUCCGAACACAAGAAGAAUCACCAAUCAGACAUGUGGCGAAUCUUUCAGCUGAACAAGCACUUGAGCAAGCCGGGCCACCCGUGGAGCAAAUUCGGCAGCGGCAACCGCGACAGCCUCUCGAAGAUGGAUGCCGAUGGCGGCUCUGUGGGUCGUGAGACUCGCCGAAGGCUGGUCGAGUGGUGGAGCCAGAAUUAUUGUGCAGGCCGCAUGCGUUUAUGCAUCAUCGGCAAAGAGUCGCUGGACGACCUGUCGAAAAUGACAACUGGACUGUUCUCCCCCAUCCUCAAUCGGGGACAGGACCCGUUGCCGAUGAUCAACGACCAUCCGUUUGGAUCCAGUGAAGUGGGCACACUCGUUUCUGUGCAGACGAUCAUGAAUUUCCACGCUGUGGAGGUUUCCUUCCCUCUCUCAUGGCAGCCGCGCCAGUGGCGUUACCAACCCGGAAACUUCGUAUCGCACUUCUUAGGACAUGAAGGUCCAGGGUCGCUUCAUUCGUAUUUGAAGAAUAAGGGCUGGAUAACUGCGCUCAGUGCGGGGCCCCAGAAUCUCGGACGGGGUUUCGCCAUGAUCAAAGUCACACUCAAUCUGACCAAGACGGGCUUCGAGAACUAUCGUAACGCCAUGCUGGCCAUCUUCAAGUAUCUGUCCAUGAUGCGCGACUCUGAGUUCCCCGCGUGGUACCAACGCGAGAUGAGCAUCAUCAAGGCGACACGCUUCCGUUUCCAGGAGAAACGCCGCCCAGACGACUACGCAGUGUGGGUUUCGGAGCAUCUCUCCUGGCCCGUCCCUCGGGAGCUCGUUCUCAGCGCGCCACAGCUUGUCUGGGAAUGGGACGAACAGGUCCCGGCGGGUGGUGGCGAGCGUGAGAUGCGCGAUGUACUGGAAAGUCUGCGCGUCGACAGGGGUCGCGUCGUUCUGAUGGCGAAAGGCGCCGAGCACGAGCGGCUGCGUGGGAAGGGCAACUGGGAACAAGAGCCAUGGUAUGGGACGCAAUACCGCGUCGAAACCCUCGACGAAGCGUUCGUGCAGGAGGCCCAAGGUCCGAACAACAUUCCUGAGCUCUUUCUCCCCGGCCCGAACGAGUUCAUCCCGACCAACCUAGAUGUUCAGAAGGUACCGGUUGACCAGCCCCUGAAACGCCCCAUCCUGGUCCGAGAGACCCCUCUGACCAGCUUGUGGCACAAGAAGGACGACCAGUUUUGGAUUCCGAAGGCACAUGUCUUGAUGGAUCUUCGCAGUCCGGAGGCCAAUGCUUCCGCGCGAGCGAGCGUGAUGACCCGAUUGUUUUCGGAUCUUGUCAACGACUCUUUGACAGAGUUCGCGUACGAUGCUGAUCUUGCUGGCCUAACGUACCAAUUCACGGCACAAACGCUGGGAGUAUCUGUCGUACUCUCAGGAUAUAACGAUAAGCUGCACGUUCUUGCAAGAGAUGUGAUAAGCAGAGUCAAGGACCUCCAGAUCAAAGCUGACAGACUCGAAGUUAUGAAGGAUCAGGCGAAACGAGAUUAUGAGAACUUCUACAUGGGGCAGCCAUUCCGCCUGGCUGAUUACUAUGGGCGGCACCUCCUCACGGAGAAACAGUGGAUAUUAGCCGAGAAACUCGCGGAAGUUAGCUCGAUCACCGCUGAAGAGUUGGAAGCUCACGUGAAACACGUCCUCUCUAAGCUACACAUUCGCAUGCUUGUCGUAGGAAACAUGUUCAAGGAUGACGCUGUACGACUUGCCGAAAUGACUGAGAACAUCUUGCACCCCGUUCCAUUGAAGGCAUCUGAGGUAGUCGAGACAGCGCUUAUCCCUCCAGACGGGUCAAAUCACGUCUGGACUACUGUUGUCCCUAAUGUAAACGAGCCAAACUCUGCCCUCUCGUACUACACCCACCUAGGCUCUUUCCUCGAACCCAGACUGCGCGUGACGUCUGCACUCAUGACGCAAAUUAUGGCGGAGCCAGCUUUCAAUGUCCUUCGGACGAGAGAGCAGCUAGGCUAUAUUGUGUCCUGUUCACAGAUGAUUUCCGUUGGAGAGUCAAACCUUGGACUACGCAUUGUGGUCCAGAGCGAGCGUGGUCCGAUGUACCUCGAAGAGCGCGUCGAGGCAUUCCUGGACGAGAUGAAGGAGAAACUAGAGGAGAUGGCCGACGCGGAGUUCAAAGAGCAACAGACCGGUCUGGAGAGACGGUGGCGUGAGGCGGCCAAGAACCUGGGUGAAGAGACUAACCGGUACUGGGGCCACAUUGACUCCGGGUACCUGGACUUCUUGCGGCGUGAACACGAUGCUUCUCUGGUCAAGACUAUCACGAGGCAGGACGUCAUCUCGCUCUUCCUGUCCCGUGUACAUCCAUCGUCCAGGACGCGUGCCAAGUUCUCCAUACAGUUGCAUUCGCAGAAACCUCGUCCCAAAAAGGUCAGCCUCGCGGCGAUGGAGGCAUUCGAGAGCAUACUGCUCGAGCGAGGCGUCGUAAUCGAUGGACAAAAAUGGAGAGAAGACCUCAUGGUCGAAGGCGAACCAUUCCUUACGCAAUGUUCUGCUUACUGGGCCGAUAUCCUCAUGAAGCAAGAGCCCAACGUGUCUGGCGAAACUAAACAAGAACUUCUCGUAGCCCUGCAAACUCUUGUAGAACGCUACCCCGCGCAGGCCGACGAUGCAGGGAAGCUGAAGGAUGCGGUACGCUUGAUUGAAGAUCCUAAAGCGUUUAAAGCAGCCUUACGAAGAGCCGGUCCCCCGGGUCCACUUGUUAAAUGGGACGAUCUGACUCUGGCCAAGUUCUAAUUCUCCUGCAUCACUCGCAUCGCGUACGCUAUCGAAUCGUUGAACUGUAUUUUAUUGUUACAUUAAUGAUGAAGGUCUAAUAUGGCUUGCUCCCACACAGUCAACUAUUAAAACAUGUCCUUACCCUCGUUUUAGGCGACGAGCAUCUGUGCCGCAGACAACAUGACAGUACUUGUAAUCAACAAGCAAUUAUUCUAACAACAUAAGUAUAACAUUACAUACAGUACGAGCCGCAUGAUAUCCAUAAUGUGAACCUAGGGGGGAUCUAGAGGGUAAUGCACAACCUUUCGAA